AGUCCUGAAAAGUGCGCGCUUCGGAAGUGAACUUAAAUUUUUGAAUGUUCGCAGGAGUGACAUUCUAGCACGUUAAGGGCCCAAACCAAACUAAAUGGAUAAAAUGUUUAGUAUUUUGUCGCUAAUAUGGCUCACUUUGAACUUGGUCAAAUUAGUGAUGAGUCAUGGCAGACUUAUGGAGCCCCCAGCGAGAAACUCAAUGUGGAGGUUCGGCUUUCCCAAUCCAGUUAAUUAUAAUGACAAUGAACUAUUCUGCGGUGGGUUUACAGUUCAAUGGGAGCAAAACGAGGGCAAAUGCGGCCUUUGCGGAGAUGCUUACCACGCUGAAGAACCAAGGCCCCACGAAGCAAAAGGUACUUACGCCAAAGGCAUCAUCAGUAGGCAUUACAGUGUUGGACAAUAUAUAGAUAUAGAAGUGGAACUGACGGCUAACCAUUAUGGACGCUUCGAGGUCUUGUUGUGUCCAAAUAACAAUCCUGGUCAGGAAGCAACGCAGGAGUGCUUUGAUAGAUUUCCUCUAUAUUUAACGGAUACUCGAGAGACAAAAUAUGAGAUUCCAGAAGGUGGAAAGAAAAAAGCCGUAUUUAGAUACCAAGUUCGACUUCCACCAUACAUAACCUGCACACAAUGCGUGCUUCAAUGGACCUACUACACAGGAAACCAAUGGGGCGAAUGCACGAACGGCACCCAAGCCCAAGGGUGUGGAAAAUCGGAAACCUUUCGCAACUGCGCAGACGUAGCUAUCCAUUCCAGCGCCGGUGGAGCUAUUCCUCCCGUAUUUGUUGAAAACUUAAACCCGUAUCAACUAUAUUACAAAGAUUAUUCUAAACCAGCUCCGUACAAUGUGAUACCGUUGGUAGUUAGAGAGCAGGUUUGUGUUCCGAACAGUCUGUACAGGAUGAUCUCCGGUAUGUGGGAAUGGUGUCAAGAGAAUUGCUUGAGGUAUCCUCCAAAUUGUCCACAAGAAAUUUGCUCAUGUCCUAACACCUGUGAGGCAGUAGGCGCUUAUAGAGGCAACUUGGGUGCAGACGUAUAUUGCAUGGACAAAUGCAUUGUAUAUCCCGCUAGGAACUGUCCACAUAACGAAUGUGCAUGUUAUGAGGAAGGGAUCGACUCAAAUCAGAUUUAAAAUUAUAAAUAAUAAAUAAAAUUGUUUGUAGUUUGUUAGAAUAACUUAUUGUGUCAUAUAUAAUAUCAAAUGUAAGUUUUAUACAUACAUCAUUUUAAGAUAAAUAUGUAAAAUAAGAUUAAGUGAAGAUAUUUUAAUAUUUGUAAUAUAAAAUAUUUAUUUUA